AUGCCCGCCGGCGUCUAUGGAGAAGUUAAGUGCUCACUCCGCAAGGAGAUUGCCUCCCGCGAUCCAGCGACCUACAAUAGCGCUGUCCUUGCAGCCCCACCACCACAGAUUGCAUCAGAAGAGGCCUCACUUCCUCGCCCCUACCGCUUGGCGCUAUCCCAGAUCGCUCAGGAUACUGUAGCUCCAUGGCGUCCUACACCUUUAGGGUCGUACGCUCCCUCAGCACCGCCUGCCCGGAGUGCGGGGAUCCUCUCCAGUCCGUCCAGCAUCUUUUUGCCUGCUCCUCCUUCCUCGUCUCCUCCUUGUGGAACAGACAUGUGCAGGAGGCGUCAUUCCUGGCCACCCUCCCUGCCUUUCCCCAUCUCACCUCUGCCGAUACCUUCCCCCCCUGCCUUUGCCCAUCUCACCUCUGCCGAUACCUUCCCCCCGGCCACCACUGGAGCCUCUUAUCACCAGCUAGUGUGA